GAUUCACUCCCCUGCAUGUUGCAGCCAAAUACGGGAAGAUUGAAGUUGCUAACUUACUGCUACAGAAGCGAGCGCCACCUGAUGCAGCUGGAAAGAGUGGACUAACACCACUGCAUGUUGCCGCACACUACGAUAACCAGAAAGUGGCCCUCCUUCUGUUGGACCAAGGAGCAUCUCCGCACGCUGCAGCAAAGAAUGGCUAUACGCCACUGCAUAUAGCUGCCAAGAAGAACCAGAUGGAGAUAGCGACCACACUGCUCGAGUACGGGGCUGAUACCAAUGCCGCGACACGCCAGGGCAUCAGUCCUCUCCACCUGGCAGCCCAGGAGGGCAACGUUGACAUGGUCACGCUCCUGAUCGCCCGUGAAACUGCCAUCAAUCUGGGAAACAAGAGUGGACUGACCCCUCUUCAUCUGGCGGCUCAAGAGGAUAAAGUCAAUAUAUCAGAAGUGCUGGUUAAUCAUGGUGCCACAGUGGACCCAGAGACUAAGAUGGCAUAUACACCCCUGCAUGUGGCCUGUCACUAUGGCAAUAUAAAGAUGGUGCACUUCCUCUUGAAGAACCAGGCUAAAGUCAAUGCCAAAACUAAGAAUGGAUACACACCUCUUCAUCAGGCUGCUCAGCAGGGUCACACACACAUCAUUAACCUUCUGCUGCAGCACGGAGCCUCUCCUAAUGAGCUGACAGUGAAUGGAAACACUGCCUUAGCUAUUGCCAGGCGCCUGGGUUACAUCUCUGUGGUCGACACGCUCAAAGUCGUGACAGAGGAGACACACACUACUGUGACUGUGAUGGAGAAACACAAAAUGAAUGUUCCAGAAACAAUGAAUGAGGUUUUGGACAUGUCAGAUGAUGAAGGUGAGGAUGCGAUGACAGGAGACACGGACAAGUACCUGGGACCGCAAGACCUGCGUGAGCUUGGGGACGACUCCCUCCCUCAGGAAGGAUACGUGGGAUUCAGCGUUGGAGCCCGUACGGCCAGCCUGCGCUCCUUCAGUUCGGAUAGGUCCAAUACACUCAACCGGAGCUCCUUCACCCGUGACAGCAUGAUGAUCGAAGAGAUCCUGGCACCAACUAAGGACACGCACUGUGUUUUUAUCACAGCAUGGGACAACUCAUCUCUGAGAGCCUGCAAGAUGCAGAAUCACUCUUUAUCAUCUCUUAUUGGAUCAUUUUCCUCCCGCAGGUUUUUGGUGAGCUUCAUGGUGGAUGCCCGCGGCGGUUCCAUGCGAGGAAGUCGCCACAAUGGUAUGCGCAUCAUCAUCCCGCCCCGCAAGUGCACUGCGCCAACACGUAUCACUUGCCGUCUGGUCAAGAGACACAAGCUGGCGUCCCUGCCGCCCAUGGUGGAGGGAGAGGGGCUGGCGAGCCAGCUGGUGGAGGUGGGCCCAGCGGGGGCUCAGUUUCUGGGCCCUGUGAUUGUGGAGAUCCCUCAUUUUGGGUCCAUGAGAGGGAAAGAGCGAGAGCUCAUUAUGUUAAGGAGCGAAAACGGUGAGACCUGGAAAGAGCAUCAUUAUGACUGCAAAUCUGAAGACCUCGUUGAGCUCCUCAAUGGCAUGGAUGAAGAGCUCGACAGCACAGCAGAUCUGGAGAAGAAGCGUAUCUGCCGGAUCAUCACAAAGGACUUCCCACAAUACUUUGCGGUGGUAUCACGGAUCAAGCAGGAGAGUAAUCAGAUGGGUCCAGAUGGAGGGGUCCUGUCCAGCAUGACAGUACCUCUGGUCCAGGCCUCCUUCCCUGAGGGUGCACUCACUAAGAAGAUCAGAGUUGGACUGCAGGCCCAGCCUGUUCCGGAUGAACCUGUGAAGAAGAUCAUAGGAAACCGUGCCACCUUCAGCCCUAUAGUGACAGUGGAGCCUCGCAGGAGGAAGUUCCAUAAGCCCAUUACCAUGACCAUGCCCGUGCCUCCGCUCUCUGGAGAGGGUGUGGUGAAUGGCUACAAAGGAGACCCAACACCAAGCCUGCGCCUGCUCUGCAGUAUAACUGGUGGCACAUCACCGGCUCAGUGGGAGGACAUCACUGGCACUACACCUCUCACUUUUUUGAAUGACUGUGUGUCCUUCACCACAAACGUGUCUGCCAGGUUUUGGCUUGCAGACUGCCAUCAGAUCCCAGAGACUGUAGGUUUGGCCACCCAGCUCUACAGGGAGCUCAUCUGUGUGCCCUACAUGGCCAAGUUUGUAGUGUUUGCUAAAAUGAAUGACCCUGUAGAGUCCAGCCUGCGGUGCUUCUGUAUGACAGAUGAUAAAGUGGACAAAACCCUGGAACAGCAGGAGAACUUUGAGGAGGUGGCCAGAAGCAAAGACAUUGAGGUGCUGGAGGGGAAGCCCAUCUAUGUGGACUGCUAUGGCAAUUUGGCCCCUCUUACCAAAACCGGACAGCAGCUGGUUUUUAACUUCUAUGCUUUCAAAGAAAACAGACUCCCAUUCUGUGUGAAGGUCAGAGACAGCAGCCAAGAGCCAUGUGGCCGCCUGUCCUUCCUCAGAGAGCCCAAAACUUCCAAGGGUCUCACUCAGACUGCUAUCUGUAAUUUAAACAUCACACUGCCAGGACUCAAGAAGACUGAAAAGCCAGAACGACGUCAUACCUUUACAUCUCUAGCCUUACGUAAGCGCUACAGCUAUCUGACUGAGCCUGGAACGAGCCCUCAGAGCCCCUGUGAAAGAACAGAUGUACGUAUGGCUAUUGUGGCAGAUCAUCUUGGCCUGAGUUGGACUGAGCUGGCCAGGGAAAUGGAAUUUUCGGUUGAUGAGAUAAAUCAAAUCCGUGUGGAAAACCCAAACUCACUGACAGCUCAGAGUUUCAUGCUUUUAAAGAAAUGGGUUAGCCGAGAUGGUAAAAAUGCUACGACGGAUGCCUUAACUGCAGUCCUGAAUAAGAUCAAUCGGUUGGAUAUUGUGACAUUGCUGGAAGGGCCGAUAUUUGACUAUGGUAACAUUUCAGGCACAAGAUGUUUUGCAGAUGAUAGCGCAGUUUCCCAGGAGCAGGCUGAUGGUUACCACAACAUUGAGCUGGAGCUCAAGAGUCCCUCAGAGCUGACCUAUGAACCCCCUACCCCUCUGCGCCAGGAUGAUUUCUUUGGCGAGGACAGUAGGCUAAAUUUCCCCUUUAGUGCCCCUGUUAGACCCAGUGAACUGUCCUUGCCAACCACUAGUGGCCCAGUGUCUGCAGAUACCAAGCCGCCUACCGUCAUAGCAGAGGACACCUCUAUUGAAGGCCGAGAGUCUGUUAGCCAAGAGGAUUGGUCAGCUGGAGAUGACUUUAAUGUCAGCAAAGAAAUAGCAGCGCCCUCGGAUCAACGUGACAGUGAGGGAACCUCAAAAGAAUCAGAUGUCUUCCCAGAAAGUCCAGUAAAAGAGCAGAAGGAAGUCCAACCGAAGCUUCCCGUUUGUGUCUCAGCCAGCGAGGCUCCUGGAGAGAGUGGCAAGUCUGGGUUUGGCGAAGAAGAUGAAGAGAUGACCCAAGAGAAAAUAAAGUCUCUCUUGGAGAACAUUAAGUUGGAGGAAGGCUCAGAGGAUGAGGAGAUGACUGAGGAGAGGCUGCAAGCGAUCCUCUGUGAAGUGCAGCUGGCAGAAAAAGACAUGUCUUCAAUUUCAGGUCUGCAGAGUGAGACAUCCGGUGCAAAUGGGAAGACGGCAACUUCUGGCCACGGACUGGAUACUGAAACACAAGGGCAAAGAGAGUCCGGCCAAGAACUAAUGUCCUCGACACCAGGAGUGCAAACUGAGAGGCAAAAUGGGGAAUAUCAAAAACUCCAAGCCCAAGCUCGUUUGUCACUAGACGCCAGUGAGUCUUCCAGCAAACCAAAGGGAAAAGCUAGGAAAGACUCUGGACAAGAAGUGAGCAGCGAGGCUGUAGAGGACAGAGGACCAAACCACAGGGGGAAGGAAAUUUCCAAGCCUGAAGUCCAGCAGGAAGCUCGUAGAGAUAAUGAAUCCAGCUCUGAUGAGGAAGAAACUGUCACCACCAGAGUGUAUCGGCGGAGAGUGAUUCUGAAGGGUGAUCAGGCCAGAAACAUCCCUGUUGAGACUGUGACAGAGGAGCAGUACACAGAUGAAGAUGGAAACAUAGUGACCAGAAAAGUCAUCCGGAAAGUGGUGCGUCGCACAGCUGGUGUGGAGGACAAAGGCAGGAGAAAGCGUGGGAAGCGUUCCCGGCAGGCCAAUAGGGCCGAGCAGGAGGAAGAGGGGGGCCCCGGACCUGGC